AUGUAUCCUGCAACCUUCUACCAACCCUUCCUUAUGGAAGUGAACGGUAGAUUUGUCGUGAAUCCGCCCCAAGAUGACGAUGAGCGGCACCCAUCCAAACUCGGGGACCGCAGUGAUGCCGCAGUCUUUAAAAUAUCUAACGGAUACUUGAGAAUUGGUGAUCGUUUUAUGGGACGAUUGGUUUUUGAGCCCAAAGCUUUCAUGCCCAUGCAAGUCGUCUGGAUGAAGGAUUCUCAGGAUGUGCAACAGUGUCAGACUUCUGGAGCAGAAGAGGAACCUAAACUCAUCACAAAUGGUUUCUCG